AUGCACUACCACCCCCCGCCUCGUCACGAUAUACAUGCGCUUCUGCAGCAUGAACCUGUAGCAUCCGUACUCGGGACCGAGAUCCAGAGGGAAGGCACAGGCUUUGCCGAUCUGGAACUCCGGCAAUAUUUAACUUCAUAUGCCAUGUUACAAGAGCAGCUGUUUGAGCCAUCCAUCUGGCAUCUGGUAGACAGUGUUCGUAUCUAUGGUGCAUUUGACGUACUUGCAUCCGGUGCAAUUGCCCUCGUCGACAUCCCUGAUUUCGGAGAUGCAAAUAAAAAAGGUUCAACAAAGCGAACUAACGAAUACAUCAAAAAUAUUGAAGUAGUAGUACUGGGUUCGAACGGCAAGGUGAAUAGCUUUGUCUCACCGCUCGUUAUUUUAUCAGUUGCAGACAUCAGGCGGGCAGCUGAUGACCAGGCCACGCGUGAAUACUUUGAGAAAUUGUAA